GUACAGGCUUUGAAGUUCGUUGGUGGUGUCAGAUUCGAGUCUCUUGCUGUGAAUCCUUCAGGUGGUGGUGGAGUCGUACGGCUGCUAGCUAGAUAAACACGAGACAAUUUUAAAAACAACCACAUCGUAAUAAUGGUGGUUUAGCUGCAAUUAAUGUUUCUUUUUUAAAAUGUCAGUGUUUGUGUGUAUAUCCAUAGAAUGACAGACAGGUAACGUAACGGGCAUUGUGUAAAUUGACAGUGAGAAGCUACAGUGAACGGUUCUCGUUGAAUUUGCUAGUAAACGCUCUCCGAAGCGCACGUGGGAGCAGAUGCUGCCAGUCACCGUCACAGUUUGAACCAGAGUUUCUGCGCCGUUCACAGAAAACACAGGAAGGAGUGUAAAAAACGGAUGUAUGACAAUGACCCAUGCUGUGAACGCGACCAGCCACGGGUUGUUUCAUCUCCUCGCCUUUCAUUUGAUAUUUUAGCGACACAUGAGACCCACUAGCUAAGCUUCUGUUUGGAUUAUUCGGUGCGCCUUUGGACCACGAAGUGUGAACUGUGUCUACAGUGAGCGGAUAAAGUAUUCGAGAAAACAUGGGGACUCAGGGCACAGGACGGAAAAGAUCUACCAAGAAGGAGAGGUCGACGGCAGAGGACGAUGCCCUUAAUCUCAUAGCGAGAGAGGCCGAGGCAAGGCUGGCAGCGAAGAGGGCAGCCAGGGCAGAGGCCAGAGAGAUCCGCAUGAAGGAACUGGAGCGACAGCAGAAAGAGAUCUUUCAGGUGCAGAAGAAAUAUUAUGGCUUGAACACCAAAAUAGAUGACCGAGCGGACAGCAAAUGGGGAGAUAUUGAACAAUGGAUGGAGGACAGUGAGAGAUACUCACGUUCUUCACGGAUACAAACGCUCUCAGACGACGAUGAGCGGAUGUCAGUGGGAAGCCGGGGCAGCGUCCGGUCGGAUCUUGAUGCAGUUGGGGCUUAUGGUGGAGGGGACUCCUCAUCACAUAAGAAGUCAAAGAAAAAGAAGAAACAUAAGCACAAAGAUAGGAACGGCUGUGAGGAUGAUUACAGUGUAAUAUCCAGCAGGAGCUCCAGACUCAGUGAUGAAAGCAGAGUGUCUCGCUCCUCCAGGCUAGACCUAACGGGCUCCAGACUAAGUGAUGACACCCGGGUGUCCCGGGCCUCCAGAUUAGACCUGCAGCCGGCAUCUUAUGCUUCCUCUGACUUGUACGGCUUCAAUGGUCUGUCCUCUUCCAGAAAACCAGGUUCAACCUUCAAUGGUUACCAGAGCGCCUUGUAUGAAGACUGCAGCGGGUCACAGCGAGUCUCCAGCUCUCAUCCUUUAGAGUACACUAGUUAUCGCAGCUCCGGCUCCAGAGUUUCCUCCAGGGCCGGAUCGGCCCGCGCCAGCCCAGUGGACAACUGCAGCUCUGUUGCCAGUUUUUUGAGGAGUGCGGCCAAUAGCAGUGGCCUCCACCGAGACCUGGACGAUGUUACUAUUCCUGACUUUUCUGAUGUGGAGGACAGAGAUUAUCUGGAGAAGGGAUCUCGAGCAGCUUCUGCUUUAACAGCAGCAACCCUCACCUCCUUAGGCGGGACGUCCUCGCGGAGAGGAAGUGGCGAGACGGCUAUAACUGUAGAUGCAGAGACGUCUAUACGAGAAAUCAAGGAGAUUCAUGAACUGAAGGAUCAGAUUCAAGAUGUGGAAACCAAGUACACGCAGAACCUAAAAGAAGUCAAGGAUGUAUUAGUAGAAGUGGAGGAGAAGUACCGUAAGGCCAUGGUGUCCAACGCCCAGUUGGACAACGAGAAGAACAACCUGAUGUACCAGGUGGACACGCUCAAAGACUCGCUCAUGGAGCUGGAGGAACUGCUGUCUGAGUCGCGCCGCGGAUAUGAGGAGAAAGUCAAGGAAUACGAGCGAGAGAAGCAUGCCCACUCUGUGCUUCAGUUCCAGUUCAGUGAAAUGAAAGAGACGCUAAAACAAAGUGAAGAGCUGCUCAACGACAUCCGUCAGCUGCGUAUGAAACAGGAAGGUUUUGUUAGAGAAAUAUCUGACCUGCAGGAGACGGUGGAGUGGAAGGAUAAAAAGAUUGGGGCCUUAGAGCGACAGAAAGAAUACACAGAUGCAAUCCGAAUUGAGCGAGAUGAGCUCAGAGAAGAGGUGGUGCAGCUGAGAGACAUUUUGAAGAAACAUGGAAUAGUAUUGGGACCUGAUCUAAACAUCAAUGGAGAGGUUGGUGAGACAGAAGUGGACGGGUCCCCCAGUGCAGACGCUGCUCCCCAACCGGCUCAGGAUUCACACGCUUCCCCAGCGGAGGGGAACAGCAUGCUCGGCAACACAGAGGAGACUCAGUUGAGAAGUAGCAGAGAGGAAGAGGUGGAUCCAGAGCGGCAUCAGGAAAUGUUUGAGGAAGCCAAAGAGAAUCACUUGAGCACUGAUACUCUCUGUAAUGUUGCUGGUGUUUCCACCCUGGAAACAUCUAGCGAAGAACAGCCAACAGAAGAACAACAGACAUGCUUAGAAGAAGACAAGAAGACUGCCACAGAAGAAGACAAUGUUGAAGAACAUUGCCUCAGCAAGGACUCAAAUGUUGACAUUAAUGACCAAUCAAUCACAGAGGCCAAAGAUAUAACCAUUUGCAGCCCGGGGCUUCAAGGGAUUGUAACAAGUUCUGAGAAAAAUGUUCCAGAGAAAGAAAGGCCUGCAGGGGGAGAUUUAGGGGAGACAGAAACCAAAAGCAGUAGUGUUGACACCAAGAGUGAUGACAUUAGAGAGUCAUCUAACAACCUUUCUGAAGAGCGAGGAAACAAACAGGAAGAUGUUGAGGAAAGUCAUUUGAGAAAUACAGAACCAUGUCCUCAGCCAAGAAUUGUUAUGACGGAAAGUUUACCGGGCGAGUCCGCCCAAGCUGUAGAAAACACCGAACCUCAACCAAAGCCUGAUGAAGCAGAAGAUGCAGAGAACGACGAGGCAGGGGAAAUAUCAAUUAAAACUCAGCCUCAGUGCGCUGCUGCUUCAGGGAAAAAGAAGAAAAGGAAGAGGAAAAGCAAAAAGAAAGGAGGAACUCACGAGGAUAAGAACCAACAAAAAGAUGUAACCGAUAAAGAAAAUGACAAAGCCGAAAUAGACAUUGAAUCGGCUACAAGAGAGAAAGGGCCAACGACAGAACCUAAAGUUGAUGAUUCUGUUACUGAAACCCUUAGGGGAUCAAGGGUGGAUCAAGUUAAGAAUGAGCAGCACAGGCAAGAAACUGAGGAGGUAGAUGGCGUAAAAGCAGUGAAACCCACUGAAAUCUUUUCUCCCACUGAAACUCUCAAAGAAUCAAGAAGGGAUCAUGUUACAGAUGAGCACGACAAGGAACAAACUUUGGAAACGGAGAACGUAGGAGAAGCUGAAGCCGUGGCGACUACUGAAACCUUUUCUCCCACUGAAACUCUCAAAGAAUCAAGAAGGGAUCAUGCUACAGAUGAGCAGAACAAGGAACCAGGUCUGGAAGCUGAAACGGUAGAGGCAGUGGCACCCAUUGAAACCUUUUCUCACGUUGAAACUCUCACGGAAACCACAGCAGAACUCAGAAAGGAUGAGCAAAACAAGAAACAAACUUUAGAAUUAGAGAAAGUAGAAGAAGUGGGGUCUACAACAAGUCCUGUCCCAGAGACCGACCUCAGUACUUCUGAUCAUAUUGACAACAAAGGUGCAGAGAGCUCUGAUGAUCUUGACAAAGAAUGCACUUUCUGUAUAGAUAACUCUAAAAGUGAAACGAACAUCUCAACUAAUGACGAUGUCAUCCAUACUGAGUUAGAAAAUAUGAAUAGUGCAGAGGAUGAAGUUGGACCUAUUGAUGAGAUGAAAGCUGAAUGCUCAACUAAUAACCCCGAAAACGCUUUUGAAACAAGGGGUAAUAAAAACACUGACGCUGAAUCGCAUGUUUCAAGCAAUGGUGACAUUGCUGCUGAUGAAUCUGAAUCCACCAGCAUUGCUGAGAGUAAGGAGAGCAUGUCUGUGUCCCUGUCUUCUACCGAUGGCUUCACCGACGCUCUCAUAAGCUUGUCUGGCUCAGACCUGUCUGCAGCCGUGAACUCAGGCAGCGAUGGCACUCCCAUCAAGGUUUCUGAGGGAGGUCCCAAGGAGACAACUGAGGCAGCCAAAGACGACGAGGAGUCAGGAACAGAGAAUGGACAAGAAUCCUUUUCUCCCAGUGUCAUUUCUUCAGCGCUAAACGCAGACCGAACAGAAAGGGAGGAGCUAAAUGAAGGCUUGAGGGAAGCUGAAGGUUUAAUCGAGCCAGACCGCUCACGUGACGAAAAAAGUGACAGUUGUGAGAGUGCAUCUUUAACAGAAAACACUGAAGCUUUUGACACUGUAAAUAGUCCGUUGCAGGCCGAACUAUUGGAUGAUGUAGAAAGCCAGACAUUACAGUGUGAGGGUCAGAUUGAUGAAUCGAAUGUUGAAGUGGCCUCUGAAUCAGAAGAGAUCAAUACCAUUGACAUGUUAAAUACACCAGCCUCUCCAAAAGAAGCUACUGAAAUUGGGUCCUCUCUCGAGCAGAACCACAGUACUGAAGAAUCAGCUGUUGCAGAAGAUCCUGAACAUGAAAACAGUCAAAAUGAUCAGCGGAGUGAGACACAGCGACUGCCUGAACCCAGCAAAGACAAGUCUGAAGAUAAUAAUUCAUCUCAACCCACCCUGCAGGGGAGCGAUGAAGACAAUGGUGAAGAUGACGAAGGCCAGUCUUUUGAUUUUGAUGACAUGGAUGUCGAGGCGGCUGUAGCGACAAGUCUCCCUAAAAAUCCGGAACAGGAAGAAAAUGAGGAGGGAGUUAAGGUCAUGUCGGAUGAAAGCAGCAAUGGAAUUUCAGUCCAAAGUAAAACUGAGUCAAAUGACAAAUCACAAGAAGAGCCAGUUGAAAGAAAUGACGAGACGUGUACGGUUGAUGGCGGUAACGAGGUAGAUAAACCAGAUACUGUGCCUCGAGACAACCAAAACUCUUUGGCUCAUGAGGACAACACGUCUGAAAAGGGGGAACAUGUGGAAAAUGUGUGCGAAAAGCAGAAACCCAUGCCUGGGGAAGAAGCAGGUGUAGCAGAUGAGCCCAGGCACAUUAUAGAGGAAGGAAAGGUUUUGAAUAUUGGAGAGUUGGGUGGUGUUGCAGAGGACAUUAACCAGGCGACGUCUCUACCCAUAGAGGAAGGGUUAGAUGCCAUUAAGCAGGAGUUGCAGGGUGAAAAUUUGGAAUCACCAAAGCAUGUAGAACAAGUGGCCAGCAACAAAGAGCCACAGCAGACAGGGAAAGAUGUGAAGAAAAACGGCAAGAAAGGUAAAGGCAAGGGCAAGGAGGAGUGCAAGAUGUCUUAGCUUAUAGACGGUAUAUAGUAUAGAUAUAUAUUAUCAGAUCUGCUCUCUACUAGUCUUUGCUUAGCUUAGUUUACAAAGUGGUCAAAUAAAUAUGUGCAGAACCUCACAGCACUUUGAUUCUUUCCCAAAUAAAUAUUGGUGUAAGUUUGUAUAUUUUUUUUUAUUAAAGCCAAAACGGUCAAACAAAAAAACAGUCUAAAGUCCACACAUAAAUUUUCAUUGAGGUCAUAUGUGCAAAAAAUAGUUUGUGGAGAGAUGAGGAUGUAAACUGCUUGGUAGAUUUUUUUUCUAUUGGACAAUACUGCACUUGCUAUAUCAGGUAACAUUAUUUUGUUAUUGAUGCACAUUGAUCAUGCUGCUUGUUAUGUGUCAUGGGUAAUAUUGCUCUGCACCUGUAUCACACAUUUUUCUCAUGCUACAAUUCCAAGAUCUCAUUGAUUUAUUCAUUUCAUAGGUUCAAAACAAAAAAACAGAUGUUAAUUGGUAAUUCUCAUUAAGGCCCAGUCCACACGAAUACGGGUAUUUUUGUAUCCCGUCCACACAAGCACAAAA